GCGGAGCCGAAUGCGAUGCAGGAAGCAUUGUCAGAGGCUACGAAGAUGCUCAAGAGCAUCAAUGUGCAGAAUCCUGGCGAUGCCAGGAAGGUGGAGAAUGAGCUCACCCUGAAGGACCUACAGAAGCAGUUGGAUGGCAUGCGAGAAAGGAUGAGGCUGAAUCAGAUCACCCUCAAGCUGUCCAAGGUCGAGACGGGUGGUGGAAGAGGACUGGUGGACUCAGGGGCGACGAACCCAUUGAGGCCGCUGGAGGAGGGUGAAGACAUUUCGGGGUAUGAGAGAAGGGAAGUGGAGCUGGCGGCGGGAGAGACCUUUCCGCUGAGUGUCACCCCGGCAGGAACGUUGGUGGCUCCCCGAGGAACACAGCCGAUUGUGCCGAUGGGAGCGCUGGUCAAGGUCUUGGGAUGUCGGAUGAGCUGGGCGGGAGGUCAUUGCAAGAUUCGACAUCCUGUCCGAGGAGAUCUUCCAGUGGCAAUGAGCCAAGGGUGCCCCGAGCUGCCCAUAAGAACGGCCUUGGAACUCAUCGAAGAGCUGGAGGAGGCGCACAGAAUCAAGGUGCGGAAGUUGAACACCAGCGACGAGCUGGAGUAUGUGAAAAAGGUGAUAGAGGAACACCCUGUGUUCCGGGACCUCCCAUGGCAUGUGAAAAAGGAGCUGUUGGUCAUGCCGGCCGACGAUUGGAAGCCAUUGGGAUUGAAUAGGUCCAGAAGGAGGAGGUUGGAGCGAAUGGGCGGAGCGGUGGUUCACCUUUUCGCAGGGCCUCAAGAAGGUUAUGAUCUCUCGCGGGCCUACAAAGAGCAAGGUGGAGAUCCGCGGGACAUCCUGGAGUAUGACAUUGUCAGGGGGGCGGAGCACGACCUCUUGGCGAACGAGCUGAUGAGCGGCUUGAUGAGACUGGCGCUGGAUGGGAGGAUGAAGGCCGCGUCCGGUGGGGGCUUGGAUGACCUCGACCUCCAGGAAGAGAAGAUCGUGGUGGAAGACGACAUCCUUCUCUUUCGCUUCAUCCUGCUCUACGUUCUGGCCGACCUGAAGGCCAAGGCGGAGGUGAAGGUGGAGCGCGAGGGCAACGUCGGGUUCUUGUUGGAGCAGCCGGCCGAGCCGCGGGAUGAAUCGAGAUGUCCUUCAUUCUGGAGAACGGAGGAGUGGAGGAAUUUGAAGAAGAUUCACCACUUGCGGGAGAUUACCUUCAAGCAAGGGGAUUGGGGCGGCAAAGCCCCCAAGCCGACGACGGUGGGGACAACGAUGGAUGUUCGCCUACCUCAGACCGGAGGAGGUCACCUCAUGGAGAAGGACUAUGGCAAGCCCAGGUGGAUGAUGACGGACGUGGAGAAGCUCCAGACAUCCAAGGAGCUGUCGAGAUGGGCUCCGGGAAUGAUGCGGGAAAUCGCUCGUUGCCUGAGAUGGGAGCUGGGCGAGACUGGGCCGAAGGUCAAGAAGCUUUCCUGGGAAGAGCACAUCAAGCUGGGGCACUUGCCGUAUCGGCGGGAUUGUGCGGUGUGUCAACGAGCAUCUGCACGGGACCGCCCACACAGACGCAUCAAGCACCCGGAUGGGAACGUCCUCUCGGUGGAUUUGUCGGGGCCCUUUCGGUAUGGCAGGGACAUCGACGACGUGGAGGACAAGCGCUACCUGCUGCUGGCGGCCUACACAUGGCCCCAGGUGCACGUGGAGUCUGAGGAGCAUCAUCCGGGAGAACCUGAAGGUGAUGAGCCAGAACAUCUUCCCGAACCGGACAAGAAACAAGAUCCGGAGGAGGAAGAGGAGGAAUCCUUGGAGGUGGAGGGCGGAGACCCGGAGGCAGAGGAACCGGUGAUACCGGAGGAGCGUCAGGAGCCGGGCCCGCUGAAAACGCUGUACUUCACGGUGCCGCUGAAGUCCAAGAGCAAGAAGGAGGUGCUGGGUGCCAUCCAGGAGGUCUACAUCAGACUCCGGCGAGAAGGGCUCAUGGUCAACCGCCUGCAUUCAGAUAAGGGCGGUGAGUUCGUCUCGGGGGACCUGGCGCGGUGGUGCAGGCUGCGGGAUAUUCGCAAGACGACCCGCUCGCCAGAUCAAGAUCAGGAAAACGGUCGAGCUGAAGCGGCGGUGGGGGUGGUGAAGUCGAUGAUCAGACGGGUCCUCAUCUCCACGGGCUGGGACUCGAAGUGGUGGCCUUGCGUGGCACGCUAU